AUGAACUCACCUCAGGUCGAACUCCACAUAGCACAAUCCAGUCUUAUGCAAGAAAUCUCCUUGAGGAAAGGUCAGAUUACGUUAAUGUCAGAAUUCCACACUUUAAACAGGCUUAGCAUAUUACGUGCCAGUGGCUUUCUCAUGGAAUAUAUUGUAAGGAUGUUCUACCACGAUUUCAAGAUACUUCCUCUUUUCAAUCUGAACUUGAAGCAGAUUUUUUUCCCAAAAUUUGCACAACUUCAAGUUGUAACCAGAAGCAGUAAUUAUUUCGCCCAAAACUUGAAAACAGCAGCCCUGACUGCACAAUUGGGCUCAGAUGGUUGUAAUAACAUCACUCUCUUGUCGGAAACACGGACCAACCACAUUCAUCAGCGCCACAUCGCAUUCCUAUUGCUUGAUCAGCAAAAGAUUUGCGCCGUACAGUGGACGAGUUGCAACCAUAUGCUUAUCAUUAAGUAA